AUGGUUCCUCCUCUGGAUCUCUCUCACGCAAAGGUCAUGAUUGCGCCUCCGAGGCUCAACCUCCGCCGCAAUGCCUCUUACAACAACUGCGACAAGGCGCCGCUCUCGUCGACCUCGGCUCGAUUCAGCUUCAACCACCUCCUCUUCUCGCCUCCGCCCUCUCCCAGUCUUCCUGUCCUGGUCCCGCGGCCGAAGAAAUCGCCCGCCAAGGUCCUCAUCGCUCGACCAAGCCGAGUCUUGCGCUAUGUGCUCUAUCUUGUUACCCUUCUUACGACAUUUUAUGUUGCCAGGGUCGUCUUACGGAACAAGGAAUCUAUUGUAGCGGUAUGGCCUCACUUUACCACUGAAGAGUUUGAAAUGGUCGGGCAGGAUGCAUUGCCGGACUUCCCAACGCCGAUCGUUGUCAGUCAUAGCCACUCGCGGUCAAAGUGGACUGUGUCUAUUCCGCAUGGUCACGACUUUCCUCUAUCUGUCGAGGAGUAUGCUGGCAUGGGAAGCAAGUGCCGCGAGGUCUCGGCUCAUACCAGGGAGCUUCGCGGCAAGGCCCCCCGAACUGACGAAGACAUGCUCAACUACGACGCUGUGGAUGAGUAUUUUGUCGACGUAUAUGAGGCUGAGCAGUCCGGACUAUUGCCCGCAGCUGGACAUGGAAGUGCUGCCGGGAAGACGGGGCAUUUUGUCGGCCUGAACUGGGAGUCCAUGGCCGGGCUGCCCGUCUGCCAAUCGUCCGUCACAUAUGUGCUGGAGAGCUCGGAUGCCGGACUGGGGACUGCCGUCAUGGGCAUGUGGAUGCUCUACGGCCUGGCGAAGCACGACGGACGGGCCUUUUUCGUCGACGACUCUCGCUGGGCGUAUGGCCAGUAUACCGACAUCUUCGAGGCACCGCCCCUGCCCGACUGCCGGCCACCUCCACGACAUCAGAUGCUUCCCUGUCCGGCCCAGGCGAAGCACCUGGUCGUCACCGGCACAACGCUCAAGGACGUUUUCCCCGCGCUGAUGGCCAAGUAUCAUCGGGCUGCAGGGACGGAUAACAACCUCCGAGAUCUGAUGGGACUUGCAAGAUCGGGCUACGAGGCACUCUUCAAGCUCAACGGCGAUGACCAAGAAUUUGCCCAGAAUCGAGUCAAAGAACUGAGGAAGCAGCAGAUGGAAGGAGACACAGCCCUGCCCCCCAUACCCAUCGUCGGAAUCCACGUUCGACGCGGCGACUCGCACCCUCUAGAGUAUCAAUAUCGCAACACUUACGUCCCGUCUGAGGUGUUUCUCAACAGGGCCCAGGAGCUGGUCAGCAGUUUUUAUAGCUCCCAUGAGAGGCAUGAUGCGGCGACGUCAAACUGCUCCAUCACCAUCAUCGCCUCCGACGACCCAGCCGUCUACAAGCAGCCCGACUUCUCCGACGCCCUGGUCGCACAGGAGCGCAUCCGCCUGGCCUCGAAAGAAGCCGCACCGCGGGAAGACGUCGACCCUCACGUGCUGCACCACUUCGAGGAUGAAACCUUGGGAUGGGAAGGCGGCUUCUUCGCGUCCAUGUUUUGGAACCUCGGAUUCGACAGGAAGCACAACGGCCAUGCAGCCGGAGCGUCGGCGGCGUUGUCGUCGUCGUCCGGGCGGAUGACGGAGCCGCCCUCGGAGCAGACGCUUCAGCUGCGCAGCUACAUGGGCAGGGCGUAUAUGCUCGACCUGGCAGUCCUCGCGGGAGCGAGCGACAGGAUCGUGUGCACUGUCAGUUCGAUGGGGUGCAAGAUGCUGGGAGUCAUGAUGGGGUGGGAGGCUGGCAUUGAGGGGGGAGGUUGGAACAACGUGGACGGCGAUUAUCCGUGGGCGUGGAUGAACUGA